AGGCGUCUGACUAAAGGGAGUUGGAUAAAUCAUACCCAAAGCAGGCUCACGAGAUUGAUUCUUGGCUCAGUUGCCUUUCUACAUCGAGCAUACCAGACAUUCAACCCUGCUAAACGAGGAGACUUAGGCAUGGGCAAUUGGCUAAACGUACUCAGGUGGUAUUUUCCGCCACCAAAAUGACAAGUUGGGGAUGAUGGGAGCCGAGAAAGGGAUCAGAUAUGUCCCGUUUGGUCUCAAUGGCACUCACCUUGCUGAUGAAGGAAUUAGCAUCUGACAAAGUCGCCUGGCCUCUCAAUCAAGUAACCUUCAAGAUGUAUAAGAAGGCAUAGAAAUGAGAAGACCUGAAACGAUGGCCACAAAAGCCAUCUUUCUCAGCUCAUCCUCAAUUCCUCUUCCUCAAAAACAACAAACAUGACUAAUCAUCAAACCUCACGCCCCAAGACCAUGCGUGCCGUGGUCUGGGAAGGCAAACCCUAUGAGAUGGCUGUCAAAGCGGACAUUCCGGUCCCACAUCUCAAGGAGCCCGAAGACGCCAUCGUCCGCAUCACCACAUCCGCCAUCUGCGGCACCGACUUACACGUCUACCAUGGCAUCAUGUCCAGCGCCGAGGUACCCUACCCCGUAGGCCACGAGGCCAUGGGAAUCGUCGAGGAAGUAGGCGACGCUGUCGACAAUCUACAAGUCGGUGAUCGCGUUGUCGUCUUUGGUCUACCUGAGGACGGCGUCAUCGACACUAACAACCAGAUCUUCCCUCAGCUCGCUGGAUUUGGUCUUGGCAAAGACUUCGGCGAUCUAGGAGGUCUUCAAGCCGAGUACGUCCGCGUACCCUUCGCGGACAGCUCCCUCAUCAAGAUCCCCAAGAAGCUUUCCGACAAGGAGUGGCUCUUCCUCGGCGACAUCUUCCCCACCGCAUGGGAAGGGCUAAGCUGGUCGGGCUUCCAGCCAGGCGACUCCGUUGCUGUCUUUGGCGGCGGUCCCGUCGGCCUGCUCUGCGCCUACAGCGCCAUCAUCCGCGGUGCGAGCCUCGUCUACGUCGUAGACCACGUCCCGCAGCGCCUCGCCAAAGUCGCCAACAUCGGCGCCGUGCCCAUCAACUUCACCAAGGGCGGCGCCUCGGCCUCGGAGCAGAUCCUGGCCCUUCGGCCCGGCGGUGUGAACCGUAGCGUCGACUGCUGCGGUCAGGAGUGCGUCAAUACCGAGUUGAAGGCACAGCAGGACUACAUACUGCGUGAGGCCAUCGCCGUCACCUCUGUCGGCGGAGGGAUCGGGAUCCCGGGCGUCUACUGGGCUCAAGAGAAAAGCGCAGGUGCACCCAACGCGGAGAGGAUGAAGAAGAACCUAAGUUUGCCGAUGAGUGACUUUUGGAUCAAGGCUCUCACUAUGAAGAGUGGCACAGUCCAGGGGCAGCCGACAUUCGCUGCGCUGGUGAAAUUGGUUGAAAGCGGACAGGCGAGACCUGGUUUUAUUGCUACGGCGGAGUAUGACCUCGACGACGCUCCCAAGGCGUACAAGAGGUUUGAUAAGAGGCUUGAGGUCAAGGUCUUGUUCCGCGGCGCUGGCAAGGAGGGAAGAGACGACUACGAGUGGGACGAGGAGGUGGAGUCGAAGAAUCUAAAUCAGGAGGGAGCCGGAACUCGGUAA